GUCUGUUGUGAAAUGGAAUACAAGAGGGACUGCAGACAAUCAGAGUCCACUCUGUCACUGCACUUUGAAAGUUCAGGAAAUAAGAAGGGACAAACGAAUGAACGAUCAGCUGCUGAUAGACGCCGAGACAGUGGCUGUUACUUUAAGCACUGAGCAUCUGUGAACAGCAUUCAACCCAUAGCUGGAUCCUUCUACCGUUUCUCGUCUCAAAUUGAAGCCCUGAGGAACUGACUCCAUGCACGUCUUACUGGAAGGAUCAGUGGAAGUCGGCUGAGAGACAGCCAUGACGUGCUCCCACCACAAAGCCUACUCCGCUGUUGACAGAGCUCUUACUUUAAAAUGCCAAAGAUUUGUGCUGCUGCUACUUUGUGUUUGUAUGGCAGGCAACGCUGCUUUAAUCUGCCCUCCAGUCUGCAUAUGCGCCAGUGAUAUUGUUACGUGCACGAAUAGGAACCUGAACAGUGUGCCAAGAACACUUCAUAAAGUUGCAACCAGCUUGGACGUUAGCUAUAACAGUAUCAGUCUACUUACUUCUAAUUGGGCUCCGGUCUCUUUAGACAGACUCCGAACGUUAAAUCUCAACCACAACAACAUAAACGCUAUUUCCAGAGGAGCCUUUUGUUCCGCACCACAACUGAAAUAUCUAGAUCUGUCCUCCAACAGACUGACCGCACUCGAUGACUCAUUGUUCGAAGACUUAAAUUCACUGGAAACCCUCCUUCUUUACAACAAUCAGAUUGCUCGGGUUAGCACCGGAGCUUUUGAAGGACUGCACAAACUUCAAAAGCUGUACCUUAGUCAGAACCUGAUCUCACACUUUCCAUUGCAGCUGUACAUGGGAAGGUCCAAACUCCCAUUGCUUGAACUGUUGGAUCUGUCCUUCAAUAAAUUGACUUCAGUGCCAGUUCUUCAAUUAAGUGCACUGCCAGCCAGGCUGCAAAGUGGAUUGUACCUGCAUGCAAACCCAUUUACCUGCGAUUGUUCUUUCUACACAAUGGUCACAUACUGGUAUAAAAGGCAGUUUACUUCUGUGAUGGAUUUUAAAGAUGAUUACAGCUGUAAUUUACAGCUCGACUCUAAGAGAACAGUUAGUCUCCUACUGAUGCGAGACGACCUUUUGAAUUGCUCAAAUAGCACUAUCAAUGGCUCUUUUCAUGCGCUUGGGCUGAUGUACGAGGCUCAUAUAGGGGACAGGAUAGUGGUAAACUGUGACAGUAAAAUACUGGACUUGAACACAAAUGUCCUCUGGGUCACACCCACCAAUGAAUCGCUCCAGUCAGGCAUUCAGUAUCAGGGUCUGCAGGUAUUCCUGAAUGGAAGCCUUGAGAUUCAACAAGUACAACCAGAGGAUGAAGGGAUCUACUCCUGCAUUGCUAUCAACAGCAGAAGAAUGCUAAAUGAAACUAUAGAGGUGACACUGAAGGUACAUAAUUUCACACAAGAAAGGCAUCGCUCACAAACCUUUAACACCGCCUUUACUACCCUCUCCGCCUGUUUAGCCAGCAUUAUUUUGGUCCUGAUUUAUCUCUACUUGACACCAUGCCGCUGCUGGUGCAAGUCAAAGCAAAGGCACAGAAAGCCACCUGGAAACAGCGCUCGCUCCUCGAUCCUGAGCACGACACCCUCACACGACGUUAACACAGAAAGGAAAGCCAGUACUUGCAAGCGAGUGGUGUUCUUGGAGCCCGUCAAAGAGCCACUGAAGGGACAGAAUGGGAAAAUAAAAUUUCAACCUCACCACCACAUUGUGACUGAGAAGAUCUUGAGGGCAAAGAGAGCUAAAUGUGACUCUGACUCCAUUAGUUCUGUGUUUUCAGAUAACCUUAUUGUGGCAUAAAACAGGUAUUAUAAUUGUGGCUUUUUUGUGUCUGAAUUGCUGUCACAAGACUGAUGGGGAUGGCUUCUCACCUUCUAUAAUUGGUAUUCAUGGUAAUUCUCCUCGUCUGAGUUUACAGAAUGUAAAGAGAUGGCUAAAGAGAAAUAUUGUUAACCCGAAUAUUAUUUGUCGUCCUAGUAGGAACUUUUGUAGGUGGAAACAGGUCUCAAACUGACCUACAACCACAGUAAAACUCACGUAAGUCUUAUCCGCAUAAAUCGUAUAUUCGCCUAAGUCAUACAUCCACCCAAGUCUCAUUCAAUUUCCUAUUAAAUUCACUUAAAUUUAUAAUCACUCGUUGUAAUAACCACCAAGUAACUCGUAACACUACUAUCACCACUCAUUAGCUGCCGGAUCAAAACUUUGUUCACCGCCUCUGCCUUAAACGGAACACUGCACAUGUGUACCCCAGUGUUCUCUGUGCCCUCCGUCCCAGGGAUGUAACAUCAACAGCAUCAUGCAUGACAGCCAGGAGGAGUGGAGCGCGGGGGCGGUGGGGGGGCGGUGCCGAGAGAGAAAAGAGCAUCGCCUGAUUACAUGGUGAGCGAGGGUGUGGGGAAUGCCUGAUCACGCGGAGAGUGAAGGGGACCCAUCGUUCCAUGUGCAGUUUACUGGCCUUGAAGUAGCAUACGCAGAGCUCCGUGUGAAACAAUUGUGAGAACCUAAGUACUUGCUGCUCAUAGGUAUCUGCACUAACCGAAUGCAAAGCCAAAGGACAGCAUGCGCAGUGCAAAACAGUGAACAAGUACAGAAGACGCAGUUUUGACCAGUAUCAUGGCAUCAGGCAAUGCAGAUAUCCCAACUAAACACAAAUUAAGUUUAGAUUUUAUUACAACAGUUCUGUUUUGAAACCUGUUUGGUUGUGCCAUUCAUUGUACAGUACUUGCUUUUGCACCUGAGGUACAGUACUGUGCAAUAUUGUAUAAGGAAAGAAAUGGGCAACCAUAGCUUUUAUAUGCAUGGGUUAAACACAGUACAGAAACCUUGCCUUAAUGUCACCAGCCAGUUCAGUACUUGUGUAUUUGUUAUGUGUCAGUCAUAUAAAAGCCGACUUGUACAUUACUUUACAUAAAUCAUAUAUGAUGCGACUUACGUAAGUUUGACAUAACUCAUACUUUGCAUGAAUCAUAUUAAAUGUUAUG